ACCACCAUUGUGGCGGAUCCAGCACAAUAAUAACUGUCAACAAAACCCCCAAACAGAUGAUUUUGUACCUGAAGGAGAAGAGCCAGUUUGUUUAUUUUGGUAUUUUAGUGAAUUUGGCUAUGAGAGUUGCUGUUCCCUAGUUAAUUUCAAAUUUUUUCUGCGGCCUCAAAAUUUCGUCAAACAAGAUGCCUGCCCCAGUAGCGAGACCAAAAAAGGGCGAUGAAAUAUGGUCUGCGCUGCAAGCUCACAUCAAACGUGAACGCCAGAAAAAGAAAGAAGCGCAAGAAGCAGAUGCUGAGGUUGAACGACAGCGGAAAGAAAGGGAGAGACAACAAAAGCAGGACGUCAUGACCCUGGGGGAAACCAACAUGCAAAUCCAGCAGCAUGAGACCAGAUUGACUGUGCUAAAAGAGGAAAAGCACCAGUUGUUCUUGACGCUGAAAAAGGUUCUAAACGAGGAUGACCUCAGGAGAAGACAACUUAUGAAAGAAAGUGAAAUGAUGGGAAUGCAUGCCUAUACACCUAAUGUGAUGGGAGGACAUGCGUCGCAGCUCUUCCUCCAACCCACCAUGCUUGCAGGAAGGUCGGCCACUGUUUACAAGCUCCCGCCACCAGGACAUACCCUCUUACCCUCUGUCAACCAGUAUGACCUACUCGCCUCAACACCUCCUAGAGGCACCAUCAAGCGUCCACGAAGCCCUUCACCGACCCCAGGGUAUCAUCCAGGCUAUGGAUACAAGCAUGCGGCUGUGUCCGGAUAUUCUCAGCCAAAAAUGGAGGAAGGUCGCCGCGGACAUGACAUGGCGCGGGCUGUUUUGUGGAACAAAAAUAACCCUACGGUGUAUGGCACAAGUCAGCCUGCAUUUUACAAUCACCCGCCUCCAUCCAGCACGAGUGUUAGCUACGCACCGACCUCUGCCGUCUACUCGUACAGCAACUCAAGCCACCCCCAGUAUGUGCAGCAGUCUCAAGGGGUGCCACCACCACCCUCUCGCGAGGACAUCAAGCAUGGACCACCAGCUCUUUACUUACAUUCACAACCUGGACCUUCAACCCAACCAGGUCCGUCUAGAGUGAUGCAGCAGCAAUCUCAGUCAGCUUAUGUGGCACUGCAUCAAAGCAUGGAACACAGUGGUCAGAAGUCGAGUGGUUACUCUUCUCAAGAGGCUGAAAAGUACUACUCGGGACACCCUCCUGGCGUCAGCAUUCGACCAGCUACUCAUGUGGUGCCCAUCCAUGGUGGCUCAAUACCUGUGCAACAACUUCCACAGGGAGCGAAAUCAGGUGGAAUUACCUCAGGGUACCCUAUUCGGGGACAGCCGGUUUCACAUGUAAACCCCGUGACAACUUACCAACAAAUGACAACAGUGUCGACACCGCAUAGCGUCUAUGUCAGUCAAGCACCUGGCACCCGAAUUUCGUACAGCCAAGCGGCCCUACACCACCCGGGACAUCCUCCACCACACGGUGCUAUGGGCGGUGGGCUAACGGUCGGGCAUCCCGUGCACAACCCUGCCUCGCGCUACUCCUCGCAAGGUCACUCGCGUGAGCAGCCCAGGGAAGUGUGAAUGAAGCAUGUAUUGGUCUCUUAGGAUAGCAGAAUGCCUGGAAAACCAUUGCAAAAUGAAAGAAAUCGUUGUUGUAAAUGAAAAAUAUCAUUAUUUUAUUUUAUUGCUUCUGGUGGAACGGUAAAACUAGUUUCUUUCUUAUGGCAUUGUUUUUAAACUUGUGUUUAAUCUUUUUAACGAUAUCAAGUCAACUAUUUUGCGAUAUUUAAAUUUCUUAAAUUUGGUUUGGAUCUUUGAUCAUGCUGUUAAGAUAAUAUGUAUUUUUUGCUGUACUGCUACACAUUUCUGAGAGAUGUUUAUAUUUUAUUCCAAAAUUGUUGCUGAUAUUUUAAUUCUUGUGUCCGAGCAUAUUAUCUAAUAAUUCAUUUCACGUUUGUCUACGAAACUUAAAAUACUAUAUUUACAAUCUGCGUGGAGUGGAUGGAAAGUGCAUACAAAAUUA